AUGCCCAGCAUUGUGCUGCCUGACAGCGGGCGUACCAUGCAGAAUGUGAGGAGUUCAGCAGAAUGCUCGACGGCCUGCCUGAACAACUGCCCGUGCACUGCGUAUUCCUAUGGUGGCAGCCAGGGCUGCCUGGUUUGGCAGGAUGGGUUGCUCGACGCGGAACAACCGCAAAGCAACGGCGGCGAUUCUGUUUCUGACGUAGAAACUCUCUAUCUUCGUCUCGCUGCAAGAGAAUUUCAGACAUCAGGAGGCAGGAAACGAGGAGUGAUCGUCGGCGCCGUGGCCGGUGCGUGCACUGCUGCUUUUGGUUUUGCUGGUGCUCGCAACAGCAUUGAUCAUCCGGAGGAGGAAGAAAACCAAGAACGACGAUCGAGGAGCUGCUGCGGGUGGUGGGCUCACGGCCUUUCAUACAGAGAGCUGCGUUCCGCGACCAAGAAUUUCUCCGAAAAGCUCGGGCAAGGUGGCAUCGGCGCCGUCUUCAAGGGGCAGCUGCGCGACUCCACCGCCGUCGCGGUGAAGAGGCUGGACGGGAGCUUCCAGGGAGAGAAGCAGUUCAGAGCGGAAGUGAGCUCCAUCGGCGUCAUCCAGCACGUCAACCUGGUGAGGCUGGUGGGCUUCUGCUGCGAGGGCGAGAGCCGGUUCCUCGUCUACGAGCACAUGCCGAACCGGUCCCUCGACAUCCACCUGUUCCAGAGCGGCGGCGGUGUGUUCCUGGACUGGGGCACCCGGUACCAGAUCGCUGUGGGCGUCGCCAGGGGCCUGUCCUACCUCCACGACGGCUGCCGGGACCGCAUCAUCCACUGCGACGUGAAGCCGGAGAACAUCCUGCUGGGCGCGUCGCUGCUCCCGAAGAUCGCCGACUUCGGGAUGGCCAAGUUCGUCGGGAGGGACUUCAGCCGGGUGCUCACCACGGUGAGGGGCACCAAGGGCUACCUCGCGCCGGAGUGGAUCAGCGGCACGGCCGUCACGCCCAAGGUCGAUGUGUACAGCUACGGCAUGGUGCUGCUAGAGCUCGUGUCGGGGAGGAGGAACGCCGCCGGCGAGGAGUACCGCACGACCAGCGGCGACGCCGGGGAGGAGGAGCUCGCGUUCUUCCCCAUGAAAGCUGCGAGGGAGCUAGUCAAGGGGCCGGGCGUAGUCUGCGUCAGCAGUCUGCUGGAUGAUAAGCUCUGCGGCGAUGCCGAUCUCGUGGAGGUGGAGAGAGCCUGCAAGGUGGCUUGCUGGUGCAUCCAGAACGACGAGGCUGACCGGCCGACCAUGGCGGAAGUGGUUCAGGUGCUGGAGGGCGUCUUGGACUGCGACAUGCCACUGCUGCCGAGGUUGCUGGCGACCAUCUUUGGGAGGCCGCACUCGUCAACAGAACAACAGAUAACUACGGUUUCAGACACGUCAACGUCAUCAGGACCAUUUACUAGUGGAUCACAAAAUUAG